AUGAAGAGUGUGGGAAAUAUGUUCAUACUCAGCGUACUCCGCAGCAUCAAAAAGGGCGCAAAUUCUUGUCAUCAACCCCAUUGCCUCCCUCGUCAAGCUACAACCUCGCCACAAUCACACGUCUUUGCCGCUGCCACCAUCAUUAUCGACCACGUCAUGCCUCUCCACCAUCUCCAGCUCCACACCAACGCCCAACACAUAUGA